AUCUGCCAAGUCGCCGCCAUGUCCAUCAUCAAGUCAUCCGCUCCCGAGCACCUUCCUGGUGCCAUCGUGGCCACCGACCACUACAUCACGUGCCCGUUGGACCACUUUACGCCUUCGUCAACGGCGACCAUUACUGUGUACAUUCGUGAAGUUGUCGCGGAGAAGCAUGCGACGAACGCGGCAUUGCCGCUCUUGGUGUACCUUCAAGGGGGGCCGGGCUUUCCAUCUCCACGUCUCACUGCUCCGACAUCGGGCUGGCUUAAGAGCAUGCUAGCCGACUACCGCGUGCUGCUCCUGGAUCAGCGUGGUACGGGCCUGUCGUCGGCGCUGACGGCACAAACGUGCGGAGCGUUUGCAUCGGAUGCGGCUGGACUCGCCGAGUACCUUACGCACUUUCGCGCUGACUCGAUCGUGCACGACGUCGAGCUGUUUCGACAAACGAGGUAUCCUGGCCAGAAGCUGACCCUCCUUGGGCAAUCGUUUGGCGGGUUUUGUAUCUUGAGCUACGUGUCGUUCUUCCCCGACUCGCUCGAGCGACUCCUCUUCACGUGCGGCCUCGCUCCCGUGCAUGCGACUGCGCAGGAAGUGUACGAAGCUACGUACGUCAACGUGAUCGAGCGCAACCGCCGCUACUACGUUCGGUACCCUUCGGACAAGGUCAAGGUCGCAGAGAUCGUACAGCAUUUGCGCCGCGAGCCAGUCAAGCUGCCGAGUGGUGGUGGCAUCCUCACGGCGCGACGCUUUCUCAUGCUCGGCCUGUCGUUGGGAACGCUUGCUGGCAUGGAAACCCUCCACUACUUGCUCGAGACUGCGUGGGUGUCGCAUUUCCACUCGCCGUCCUCGGCGUUGCAGCCGACCAAGCAGUUGUCCCACGUGUUCUUGACGUCGGUCGCGAGCCUGCAAUCGUCGUUCGACACGAACCCAAUGUUCUGGUUCAUGCAUGAAACGAUCUAUUGCGAUGGACCCAAGUACUCGCCGUCGAACUGGGCCGCCGAGACUGUUCACCACCGCACUACGGUUCGUGGCGAGGCGCUGUUUGACCCUUCCCGCUUUGACGAGCUGGACCAUGCCCAGUUGGUUGAACUAGCGACCAAGGCGCCUGUGUACUUCAGUGGCGAGAUGGUGUUUUCGUGGAUGGCUGAAGACUUUCCCGAGACGCUCGGGCCAUUUCGCGAUGCCGCGAAUAUCCUUGCCAAAAAAACCGACUGGCGUCCGCUGUACAACGAAGCGAACCUUCGUGACAUUGCAAUCCCCACUGCUGCACUCGUGUCGUAUGAUGACUUGUACGUUGACCGGACGUUAUCUAUGCGGACAGCGGCGCUUCUUGGCGACAACUGCCAUGUAUUUGUCUCGAACGAGUACCAACAUGCCGGGAUUCGAGACGACCCGACCGUUGUGGAGAAACUGCUCAAGAUGUCGAAAGGCGAAGUCAUCGUUCCCACGUAAUGCUAGACCGAGGCGUGUUGUUGACCAAAAGCGGCAGGGCAGUCGAUGAAGGUUCCCAAUCCUGUAUAUGUCGAAUGCAGUCUUUCUUCUUCAUCGCGAGCGCCAUCCCCACAGCGCGCCGCGAAGAACAGCAUGGUCAAACAGUAGAUUCGAUGGGAAAGAUCCGACAUACGGUUGAAUUUAUCCGGAUGUGUACG